AUGAGUGGACCGACAAAUGUUCAGUACCAAUCAGGCCUUUAUGAAGGAAACAACAACAGCAGCUCUCCUCUUUCCAGCCGCGGAAAUUCACCCAUUGUGUGUGAGCGGUGUGGGGAGGUGUGUCGUGGGGAGGUGGUGCGCGUCAAGAACACACACUUCCACGUGAACUGCUUCACCUGUCAAGUGUGCGGCUGUGAUCUGGUGGACUCAGGUUUCUUCCACCACUCUGGCGAAUAUAUCUGUACUGAGGACUACCAGCGGCUCUACGGGACCCAGUGUGACAGCUGUGACCAGUACAUCACUGGAGAAGUGGUAUCUGCCCUGGGCAGGACUUACCACCCACAAUGUUUUGUGUGCAGCCUCUGCAGGAGUCCCUUCCCGAUUGGAGACAGGGUGACCUUCUGUGGGAAGAAGUGUGUGUGUCAGCAGUGCUCACACACUCUGAAGAGCGACAAGCCGGUCAAGGUCCAUGGGCCGAGCUACUGUGCAGGCUGUGGCGAGGAGAUCAAACAGGGUCAAUCUCUGCUGGCUCUGGAGAGACAGUGGCACGUCAGUUGUUUUAAAUGCCGAACGUGUGGCUGUACGCUCACUGGAGAGUACAUCAGCAAGGAUGGGAUACCUUACUGUGAGACUGACUACCACGCUCAGUUUGGGAUCAAGUGUGAAGGCUGUAAAAGAUACAUCAGCGGCAGAGUACUGGAGGCUGGGGGGAAGCACUAUCACCCGAGCUGUGCCAGGUGUGCCCGCUGUCACAUGAUGUUCCUGGAAGGAGAGGAAAUGUACCUAGCAGGUUCAGAGGUUUGGCACCCGAUGUGUAAAGAAGCAGCUCGGCUCCAGAGAAAACUGAGGCUGAGACGUACCUCUGAGACGGCGUCCAUUUCUCCUCCGGGCUCCUCUCCCCUCCUCGGCUCCCCUCACAGACUCAUCUGCUCAUUGGGCUCCUUAUCACCAUACUCACAUGAUCUUUUGGACGGCAUGGAGUUGAGAACGAGACGUUCCUCCAGCUCUGCCUUUACUGAUUCUCCUGCACAGAGUCGCCACGGAGGGUCCCCACUGCAUUAUUAUCUCCCGGGCAGUGAAAGUGGCAGGAGUUCACCCUAUUACAGUCAGCCAGAGCCCAGGUGCACCACACCCACCACCACAACACUUCAAGCCCCCAAGCAUUUCCAUGUGCCAGCAUCUGAGGAAAGCAAUAUCUACAGGAAACCCCCCAUCUAUAAAAGACAAGACAUCUCAGCGUCUCCGACAGCCAGUAAGAGAAAGACCAAUGAGAACCUUCUCAAUUCCAGUCGUCUUUCCUCCUCAAACUGUAACAGCGUUUAUCACCCUGACUCUAAUUACUACCCCUAUACUGGCUCUCCAAAAGUCUCCAGAACAAGGAGGUUUUCGUCUGGAGGGGAGGAGGAUGGAUGGAAUCACAAUAUAAACAGGGGGAUCGGACGGUUGAUCCUAAAGGAGGAGAUGAAGGCGCGGUCAGGCAUUCACGACAAUGACCAAUGGGGGAGCAGACGCAGUUCACGCUGUAGCAGCAAGGAGGCGCUUAACAGUCUCGGAGGAUACAGCUCCCUGAACGGCUCCCCCAGGUCCGUCUACAGUGCAGACAGCGAUUCAUACAUUGCCAAAUCUGCCUCGUUGCCAGGCUACGGCAGAAAUGGGCUGAACAGGCCUGGGAGUGCUGGUGCAGAUUAUUACCAGUAUGACAGCAGUAAUGCAGUUAAUUGGCAGAUCAGAGAAUACAAGAUCUACCCAUAUGAAGCUCUAAUGGUGUCAGUCAGGGGGCAUCAGCGUCUUCCCAGUGAUGUGGACCGAGCCAGACUAGAGCGUCACCUCUCACCAGAGGAGUUCCACAGAGUCUUUGGCAUGUCCAUGUGUACCUUUGACCAUCUCGCUCAGUGGAAGAAGAAUGAACUUAAGAAACAGUUCCGACUCUUUUGA